CCUUGGGAUCGCAACGGUGCACUUUGGACCUCAAGGAUGAUGCUUGGGCGAGUGCGUGGCGACCAUAGUAACGGGGGAACAUCAGACGAUGGAACCCGUCAAUCUCCAUCCGUCAAUCCGUCAAUCCGUCAAUUGGCUGUCCUUCGCCAUAGCCACUGUGACGGAUUGCGUGGCCAGUCCUGACGCUGCGCGGGCGGGCGUCGUAUUGCCCUCUUGGCUGCCCCGGUCCCUACUCUACGGUACUCUAGAGUCCACGGUAUGUACUCUGCACAUAGUGGACCACUAUAUCGCGGCCCGGGAACAUGUCUACUCGCACUGUCGGGCCCUUCCAUGCCAUGCCACGGCCAUAUCCGUGAUGUCCCCUAUUGUGGCUUCUUCUGUGGCCUCUCGCCGCGUUCUUCUCGUCCUCGGAUCCGACAGCAGAGAAUGUCCAUGCCUUCCAUUGCUGCCGCCGUCGUACAUACAUCUCACACCGCGCAGCCCCUUGCUAAAAGUCUUGUCCUGGCUCUAACUUACUCACCCCCAAUGCCUUCGUUCGUUCCUGCAAACCCAGCACCCCGGCCCAACCAGUUCAUUGAGCGAAGCCAGCGCCCCACACACCCCCCUUCAGCCCUUGACCAGUCAUCGUCCGCCUUUCACCGCUGCUGCUCACCCCAAUCCAACUCUUCCAACAUCCCUCCUCCUCCUAGACUACCUAACCUGACUCCCCCCCCAUCCUCCACUACCUUCCUUACUAACCACACCCCCCCAUCCCCUGAAAGAGCCGCUCUUCCUACUCCCCUUUCUCCCUCUCCACAGCAAUCAUAAGUUCUGUCGUCCCUGCCCACCCCCCCAAAGCGCCCCUCACCACUCGUUUCCUCUCGCCCCGCCCUCAGGCCGCCGCCCCCUUUUAUCGAUCGGUUAACGAGACCCACGCUUUUACGAU